UAAAAUCAAGAUAACUGUUAACGUACUUCAAGAUGAAAGGAUGGAGGUUGACGCUGGCUGUUAUGUACCUGCUAACACAAAUUGUGAUUGUGGUAGUCGAAUGUCACACCGUCAACAAGCAUCUCCAAAUUGCUACAUUUUACAAUCCGCUUGGUCGUAUUGAGAACAUAUCAACCAACAGCAAAGGCUUAAUGGAAAAAGAACUGCUGGAAACGUUGUCCAAAAAAAUGAAUUUCACGUAUGACAUUACAGUGUCAACUGAUGUCUUACAGUUUGGAUUUUCUGGUAAUGAAAGUUGGUCUGGUGUCCUCGGCAAACUCGCCAGAAAGGAAGCUGACAUGACGAUUUCAUUCGGACCUGUUAGUUACCCGAGAUUUUUGUCUUUCGACGCGACUGUCGGGAUUUUUCGAGAUCACGUAGUCAUCAUGAUUCCUCAUCCUGAAUCGGGGAUCGACACUAGUGGACUUGUUUCCAUUUUUUCUCCAUUCACGUGGAUACUGAUUGCAAUUUCUUUGGUGAUUGUGGCAAUGGCGCUUUGGUUCGUGAAUCAUUUUCAGCACGACAGAGACGAUCAAAUCAACGGAGGGUUAUUGAUUCUUUACAUCCUUGGUGUCACACUUUCACAAGGAGGAUGUUUGCCGCAAAAAUCAGCUGUGUUUCGAAUGGUCUUGGGUGCCUGGCUCCUAGCACUGAUUGUGCUAACGUACGCUUACACUGGAACACUUAUAUCUAGACUGACAGCACCUAAACAUCGAUUUGUCAUUAAUUCUCUUGAAGACGCUGCAGCCAAUAAAAAGAUUAUGCCAUUCGUCGUGAAGGAAUCCAGCGUUCAAGAAGAGUUUAUGUUGUCACCGACCCCUGCUUUCCAGGAAAUAGCUAACCGCUGGCAAGAUCAUCCAGAACUUUUGCUCCGUGAUUCGAACGGGAUCGUCGAUCUUGUAGCGAAACAAAAGAAUCGCAUCUUUAUUGGGAGCGAUAUGAAUGCGGGAUGGAACAUUGAAAGUGACCGUAAAAGAGGUGGCAAAUGUCGCGCAAUUUUACUACCCGACAAGCUGGUGACUCGGAACAACGGACUUUUUCUUCAGAAGCACAGUUCGCUAACAGCGGCCUUUAACGACGAAAAUUUACGUCUCCUACAAGCCGGAAUUGCUCGUCAAAUAGAAGUGCGACACUCGCCAUCUUUACCAGCGUGUUCAGUCUCUUCGCUAUCGACCCACUCAGCUGCUCCGACUCCACUAAGAUACGAUCAACUCAAUGCGGCUUUCUACAUUUUGGCUGGUGGAUGUUGUCUAUCGCUAAUCGUAUUUCUACUAGAAAUGUUAUGCUAUUAUUGGAAGCGAUUUCAAUCAAGACCCAUUAUCGUCUAACUAACCUUUACAGCACAGUUCAACAAUGUAAACAUAUUGAAGUUUAACAAAUUGUAGUACAUUUUUACCU